ACCUACUGAAAAAUAAUAAAAAUUAGAAAUCAUUAUCGUGGAAAGUUUGGAUGCAAAAUGAUUAAUGAUGUAAAUAAAUAUAUAAAACAAAAUAUUACCAAAGAAAAUACCGUUACAGUUUUAUUUGGGCAGUGGUUCUAACUUCCAAUUAAAUCCAAAGGAAAAAUCCCCAAAUGUCCCGCCCACAGCAGGGGUUUUAAGCUGUUCAGCAUAAACCCUAAUCCCCAAUUCUCGUUCAACCCGGUGUCACUGUCUCGUUCAUCUUCAUAAUUCAAUCGAAAACCUCGAAUCAUCGCACCAUGAGCUUCGCGGCGUACAAAAUGAUGCAUUGGGCGACCGGCAUCGAGCACUGUGCCUCGGGUUUCAUCACCCAUUCGGCCGCGGACUGCACACCGGGAAUCGCUCCGGUCGCCGCCGACGACAUGGACUCCGACUGGCCCGCCUCCACGAAGCCCGUUGGCCCGGUGCCUAACCUUGUCACUGUCGCCGCCAACGUACUUGAAGUUUACACUGUAAGAGUUCAGGAAGAUUCAUCUUCUUCAAUGGAUUCCAAAGGAGCUGCGGAACCCAAGCGCGGAGGUGUCUUGGCCGGAGUUUCUGGUGCUUCCCUUGAGCUCGUCUGCCAUUACAGGUUGCAUGGGAAUGUGGAGUCCUUGGGAGUAUUACCAAAUGGAGGUGGAAGGAGGAGAGAUUCAAUUAUAUUGACUUUUCGUGAUGCAAAAAUCUCAGUUUUGGAGUUUGAAGAUUCAAUACAUGGACUCCGAACCAGUUCAAUGCAUUGUUUUGAGGGCCCAGAUUGGCUGCACUUGAAAAGAGGCAGAGAAUGUUUUCCAAGAGGUCCACUAGUGAAAGUUGAUCCACUGGGGAGGUGUGCUGCUGUUCUUAUUUAUGGAUUACAAAUGAUAGUGCUGAAGGCUGCCGAGGCAAGCUCUGGUUUAGUUGGCGAAGAGAAUACUUCUACUUCCGGGCCUAUUGGUGCUUCUCGAAUAGAGUCGUCAUACAUUAUUGGCCUACGAGAUCUUGAUAUGAAGCAUGUUAAAGAUAUUAUAUUUUUACAUGGCUACAUUGAGCCUGUUGUGGUUAUCCUACAUGAACAGGAGCUUACAUGGGCUGGUCGUGUCUCAUGGAAAAACAACACUUGUAUGAUAUCUGCACUCAGCAUCAGUACAACUCUAAAGCAGCAUCCUCUUAUAUGGUCAGCCACGAAUCUCCCCCAUGAUGCAUACAAGCUCCUUGCAGUUCCAUCUCCCAUUGGUGGAGUUCUUGUAAUUGGUGCAAAUACAAUUCAUUAUCAUAGUCAGUCAUCAUCGUGCCUCUUGGCCUUGAACAAUUUUGCUGUUCCUGUUGAUGUCAGUCAAGAGAUGCCCAGAUCUGGUUUCACUACAGAGCUUGAUGCUGCCAAUGCUACGUGGUUAACGAAUGAUGUUGCUGUGUUUUCUUCUAAAUCUGGGGAGCUGCUUUUACUGACUCUUGUUUAUGAUGGAAGAAUUGUGCAGAGACUUGAACUUUCCAAGUCAAGAGCUUCAGUACUUACUUCGGAUAUAACUACCAUUGGAAAUUCGUUAUUCUUCUUAGGAAGUCGUUUGGGUGACAGUCUGCUUGUCCAAUACAAUUUUGGAGUGGGAGCUCCAAUAAUGGCUCCUGGUGUGAAGGAAGAGGGUGGGGAUAUUGAAAGCGAUGCUCCUUUGCCAAAGAGGCUUAGGAGGUCUUCCUCCGAUGCAUUGCAAGAUUUAGGUGUUGGCGAGGAGCUUUCUUUCUACAGCACAGGUCCUACUAAUGCUCAGUUGUCUCAGAAAACUUUCACAUUUGCCGUUCGAGAUUCGUUGCUUAAUGUUGGUCCACUGAAGGAUUUCUCUUAUGGUUUGAGAAUUAAUGCUGAUCCUAAUGCUACAGGAAUUGCAAAGCAAAGUAAUUAUGAAUUGGUGAGCUGUUCUGGUCAUGGAAAGAAUGGUGCUCUUAGCGUACUUCAACAAUCAAUCCGCCCAGAUACAAUAACUCAAGAAUCUUUACCUGGGUGCAAAGGGAUUUGGACUGUCUACCACAAGAAUUUGCGCAAUGAUUCCUCAAAAGGGGCACUUGAUGAAGAUGAAUAUCAUGCAUACCUGAUUAUCAGCUUGGAAAAUCGUACGAUGGUACUACAGACAGCUAAUAAUCUUGAGGAGGUAACUGAAAAUGUGGACUACUACGUCCAGGGAAGUACAAUUGCUGCAGGAAAUUUGUUUGGAAGACGCCGUGUUAUUCAAAUCUUUGCUAGUGGUGCUCGGAUCCUUGAUGGUGCUUUUAUGACUCAAGAUUUGAGUUUCAAAUCUUCCAAUUCCGAUGCCAGUUCAGCUUCUGAAGGGACAAUUGUUUCAUCUGUUUCUAUUGCUGAUCCUUAUGUGUUGUUGAGAAUGAGUGAUGGAAGUAUUCAGCUUCUUGUUGGAGAUCCAUCGACAUGCUCAGUUUCUGUCACCAUUCCACCAGUAUUUGAAAGCUCUGAUAAGAUGGUAGCCGCUUGUACUCUCUAUCAUGAUAAAGGGCCUGAAUUAUGGCUUCGGAGAACAAGUACUGAUGCCUGGCUUUCUACUGGAAUUGGAGAGUCGAUUGAUGGGGCUGAUGGUACGACACAUGAUCAGGGUGAUGUAUACUUGGUUCUGUGCUAUGAAAAUGGAAAUCUUGAGAUGUUUGAUGUGCCUAAUUUCAGUAGUGUUUUCUCGGUUGAUAAAUUUGUAUCUGGAAAGAGCCACAUUUUAGAUACAUUUUUUCACGGCCCAGCAAAUGAUCCUGUAAAACUCAUGAACAAAGAUCCUGAAGAUGUUGGACGUGGCAGGAAAGAGACCGCUCACAAUAUAAAGGUUGUUGAGCUGUGCAUGCAGAGAUGGGAUGCAGAACAGAGCCGCCCCUUUCUAUUUGGAAUAUUGUCUGAUGGAAGCAUUCUCUGUUACCAUGCUUACAUUUACGAAGAUUCGGAUAAUGCUUCUAAGACUGAUCUUGGCAGUAUAAGUUCAUCUAGGCUUAGGAAUUUACGAUUCGUCCGUGUCUGCUUGGAUUCAUACGCAAGAGAGGAGACACCAUCCGGAACCUCGUCACAGCGUAUAUCUGUUUUCAAGAAUGUUGGUGGUUUACAAGGUUUAUUCCUUUCUGGGUCUAGUCCAGCUUGGUUCAUGAUGUUUAGGGAGCGGCUGCGGAUUCAUCCACAGGUGUGUGAUGGACCCAUAGUUGCCUUCACUGUUCUUCACAACGUGAACUGUAAUCACGGGUUCAUUUGUAUAACUUCAGAGGGUGCUCUGAAAAUAUGUCAACUUCCAGCUUUAUCUUAUGACAAUUAUUGGCCAGUACAAAAGGUGGCAUUGAAGGGAACUCCACAUCAAGUUACUUAUUUUGCUGAGAAGAACUUGUACCCGCUCAUAGUUUCUGUUCCAGUGCUGAAGCCACUUAAUCAAGUCCUCUCAUCUCUUAUUGAUCAAGAAGCUGGAAAUCAAUUUGAGCCUGAUAACUUUAGCUCAGAGGGGACCUAUCCUAUGGAAGAAUUUGAGAUUCGGAUUAUGGAACCAGAAAAAUCUGCUGGACCGUGGCAAACAAGGGCGACAAUUCCAAUGCAAACUUCUGAGAAUGCUCUAACUUUACGAGUUGUCACAUUGUUUAACAGCACAACACAGCGAAAUGAGACACUUUUGGCAAUUGGAACUGCUUACGUGCAAGGGGAGGAUGUCGCAGCACGAGGACGGGUGCUCUUGUAUUCUGUUGAAAAGAGUUCUGACAGUGCUCAAACCAAGUCUUUUCAGGUUACCGAAGUCUACUCCAAGGAGUUGAAAGGUGCCAUAUCGGCUCUUGCAUCACUUCAAGGUCACUUAUUAAUAGCUUCAGGUCCUAAGAUUAUCCUGCACAAGUGGACGGGUUCUGAGUUGAAUGGCGUUGCUUUCUAUGACGUCCCACCUCUCUAUGUUGUGAGCUUAAACAUUGUUAAAAAUUUUAUUCUUCUUGGUGAUAUUCACAAAAGCAUAUACUUCCUUAGUUGGAAGGAACAGGGCUCUCAGCUUAAUUUACUGGCUAAGGAUUUUGGUUCACUUGAUACUUUAGCAACCGAAUUUUUGAUCGAUGGAAGUACUCUGAGCCUCAUUGUUUCAGAUGAACAGAAAAAUGUUCAGAUAUUCUACUAUGCUCCAAAGAUGUCGGAAAGCUGGAAAGGACAGAAACUUCUACCAAGAGCAGAAUUUCAUGUUGGGGCCCACAUCACCAAGUUUCUUCGGUUGCAGCUACUUCCCACAUCUGCUGAUCGGACAAAUCCUGGCUCUGACAAGACAAACCGUUUCGGAUUACUUUUUGGAACCCUCGAUGGCAGCAUUGGCUGUAUUGCACCUCUCGAUGAACUCACUUUUCGACGGCUUCAAUCACUGCAGAAAAAGCUUGUUGAUUCGGUUUCCCAUUUCGCUGGUCUAAAUCCAAGAUCCUUUCGCCACUUCCACUCGAAUGGAAAGGCUCAUCGCCCUGGCCCUGACAGCAUUGUUGACUGUGAGCUGCUUUUCAAUUUCGAGAUGCUCCGAUUAGAGGAGCAGAUAGAGAUUGCUCAACAGAUAGGAACAACGAGAACACAGAUUAUGUCCAGCUUAAACGACCUCACUCUUUCGACAAGCUUCUUAUGAACAUUGCCCUACCUACAUGUGGACUGGUUGAGAGCUUGAGAUUGAAGAUAUAACUGAAUCAUCCUGGAUAAAGUUCUGUUUCUUUGCUGUAUAUGCAAUGGCAACCUUUCAUUUGUUUACUUAUAUUUCUACAGUGAAAAGUGGUGUAAUCGUAUGCUAUAUGCAAGUGCUCUAUAUGUAAUGGCAAUCUGGUAUCCCAUACUUUCUCAAUUUAUAUUCACUAAUGAAUGUUUGAUUUGAUCGAAA